AUGGCUCUGCUUUCUUGGUUCACCACGUUAUCGUUGAUAUUCGGCGGUUGCUGCAGCAACGCCCUCACCCUAGAACAACUCACAUCCUCAUUUCCGCGCUCAGGGACACUUAUAACAUUUGCGCAAUUUCUCGUUGUCGCGCUCUCCGCUCUACCCCGCCAAGUGGAGCUCAGCAGGAGCUCCCGAUCUGCUAUAAUACCCAUACCCCGCCUCAAACGGCGGCAGAUACCUUUGACCCCGUACUUGAUACAAGUCGCCCUGUUUUGUCUCAUCUCGCUGCUCAACAAUGCUGCGUUUGCGUAUGACGUCCCUAUGUCCGUCCACAUCAUCUUCCGAAGCGGGGGUCUCGUCGUGAGCAUGGUGCUCGGCUACCUUGUCCUCGGACGCAAAUACUCCACCCUCCAGAUAUUCUCCAUCGCCCUCGUCUCCGCCGGCGUCCUCCUCACGACCCUCUCCGCAUACAACCCCACCCCACGAGCUUCCUCCAGCUCCGACACCAGCAAGGCCCUCUCGUCUCAAUACCUCAUCGGCAUCUCCCUCCUCUCCCUCGCACUCCUCCUCUCCGGCCUGCUCGGCAUCGUCCAAGAACGGACGUACAGCCGCUACUCCCGCUCGCUCACGCACAAUCCUUGGGAAGAAUCCAUGUUCUACCUCCACGCGCUCUCGCUCCCCAUGUUCCUCUUCCUCCGGCACGACAUCGCCGCCCAGCUCGCCGCCAUCCGCCGCGGACCCACCACCGUCCUCGCCCUCCCCCACUUCCCCGUCCGUUUCGACCUCCGUUCUGAUUUUGGGACGGGAGCGGGGACGACGGUGGCGAUCCCGGCGGGCUACAUCCCGCUCUUCCUGAACACGCUCACCCAGCUCGUCUGCGUCUCGGGCGUCAAUCAGCUCACGGCGCGCGUGAGCUCGCUCACCGUCACGCUCGUCCUCGCCGUCCGCAAGGCCGUCUCGCUCCUCGUCAGCGUCCUCCUCUUCCGCUCCCAGAGUCAAACCGUCGACAUGGGCAUGAUGUGGAGCGGCGCGACGCUCGUACUUCUUGGGACCGUUCUGUACUCGGUCGCCACGGGAACGAGCAAGAGCCGCGCACAGGAGAAGGAGCGGAAGGAGACAGACGCGAGAGCGAAGGGGCCGGUCGCUUUCGACGAGAGCGUGGAGAAGAAGAUGAAGCGGGAUUGAUGGGUGGCCGAUAGGCUGCGUUCGGCGCGAGGGGGCGUUUUCAUCACCUCCCUUACGCAGGGCUACUCUCAGGCCAGGAUCUAGGGCUGGACUCUUCGUCACCAAGUUCUCACUCUAGACGCCGAAACACUUGUAUCUUCUGAAAUCACAUCCUCGCAGCAUAGCCAACCCCAGAUAACGCCCGUGGACGCGACGUGCAAGGUCCUCACCUUGACCCUGCCACCCUCCC